AUGGUGGAAGCUGUGGUUUCAUUUGCUGUGGAGAAAUUGGCUGAUGCACUUAUUAGUGAAACAUUUUUCUUGCUUGACGUUCGUAAUCAAGUCAAGGGGUUACGCGAUGAACUAAUAAGGAUGCAAUGUUUCUUAAAAGAUGCAGAUGCAAAGGAACAACAAGGAGAUGAACGUGUCCGCAAUUGGGUUAAGGAAAUUAGAGACGUUUCUUAUGAUGCGGAAGAUGUUAUUGACACCUACAUACUUAAAGUUGAUUCUUCCAGUGACACUAAGGGAAUCAAAAGAAAGGCAUUGAUGGUUAAGAAUCUGAAACAUAUUCAUAAGGUUGGAAAUGACAUCCUGGCCAUCCAGGCUAGACUCAAAGCUAUCUCUGAUAGUACCAUCAGAUACGGUAUCAAGGAUUUGCGCAGCAGCGAAGCUUCAAGUUAUGAAACAAAUCAAAGGAUGGUUCAACAUCCCCUAAGAAAUCGCUAUCCUCAUGUUGAGGACAAUGAUGUUAUUGGCUUCGAUAAAUAUACAAGGACAUUGUUCACUGAGUUGAUGAAAGAUGAAGAACAACGUCGUGUCGUAUCCAUUAUUGGGGUCGGAGGCCUAGGCAAAACAACUUUGGCCAAGAAAAUAUAUAGGCAUGAUACUCUGAUGAGUCAUUUUGAUUGUUUUGGUUGGAGUUCUAUAUCUCAACAACUUAAUGUGAAAGAUGCUUUGGGGGAAAUUUUGAAUAAGUGUAUGUCUUUACCAGAGUGCAAGCUGCAGAUGAGCGAGGCAGAUCUUAUAGGAAAGCUUUAUGACUACCUCCAAGAUAAGCGAUACUUUGUAGUCUUGGAUGAUGUAUGGAGACAAGAUCAAUGGAAUACUUUAAGUCCUGCGUUUCCCACAGGAAAGAGAGGAAGCAAAGUAUUAUUAACAACGCGGAACAAGGAGGUUGCUUUACAUGCAGAUCCAUGGGGCCUUCACUUCGAACCUCAAAUUUUAAGCGACGAUGAAAGUUGGGAAUUGUUUUGUAAGAAGGCAUUCCCAAAGAAUACUACAGAUGCUAAUUGCUACUCAUCACGUCUGAAGAAGCUAGGAAGGGAGAUGGUGCGCAAAUGCGGUGGUCUUCCGCUGGGGAUAUGUGUGCUUGGAGGGUUAUUAGCAACAAAGGGGACAGACAUCAAGCAAUGGGAACUUGUUCACAGAGACGUUCUUUCGAAUAUUAACAAAGGAGAAAAAGGAGGAGUGAACGGAAUAUUAGCAUUAAGCUACUAUGACUUGCCAUCUCACUUGAAGCCAUGUUUUCUCUAUCUAGGUCUCUUCCCGGAAGACUACGAAAUUCCAAGAAAGAAGUUGGUUCAAUUCUGGAUUGCUGAGGGUUUCAUAUCACAUACAAGAGAAAAUUCGCAAGUAACAAUGGUGGACAUAGGGAAGCACCAAUAUCUCGCAGAGUUGAUUCAAAGGUGUCUGGUUCAGGUUGGAAGACAUAUCCACUAUUCAACACCGGGCAAGGGUUAUCAUAUAUGUAAGGUGCAUGACCUUAUGCGAGACCUUUGUUUGUCAAAGGGGAGGGAGAUAAGCUUCCUUGAUGUUUAUAAUCAGAAACAUCAAAUUGGUAAUGUGAUAACAUCACAUUCUUCGAAAAUUAAUACUCGUGGAAGAUUACGGAGGUAUGGCAUCAAUAUGACCGACGACGACGACUGUUUAAAUAGGUAUGACUUCUUUUCCGAUGAUUCAGAUUGUGCAAUUCGCACUAUUCAUGCCACUUUGCUGUGGGGUUGUCCUCCAACACUAUUGAAUUACCAGAAUAUGAAACUGCUUAGAGUCUUAGAUCUUAUGAACGAGAAAAAAUUCGAUAAAAGUAUGACAAAACAAGUUUUCCAACUAAUUCACUUGAGGUAUCUAAGGAUACAUCAGGUUUCUGAGAUCUCAUCAUCCAUAGGCAAUUUACGAAAUUUACAAUACCUAAAGUUUGGCCGUGAGUCAGGUGGGUUACCUGAAACUGCAUCAAGGUUGGUACAAUUAAGGCAGCUACUUGUUUCACAGAAACGUGUCGGUCAGGGUUUUCAAAUUGAGAAUUUGGUAAACCUCUCUAGUCUUAGAAUAAACGGCGGCAAAUGGAUUAGAAAAGGUUGUCUGGAGAAUCUUUCAAAUCUUCAAAGAUUGAAAGUACACUGUUCCUCGCGAAUCCAGACUGAUAUCAUCAUAGAAGAGAUUGUCCGCAAACGGAGUUCAUCAUCAUCAUCCACUGGUGAUCAGUAUCAAAGCCCUAUUAGAAAAUUGUCUUUCUGGGAUGCAGGUGGAUAUCCAGAAGCAUCAUUUCCCAAGUUAAUGUUUGAGUCACUUUCUUGUUGUCAUAACCUUCGCAAACUGUUUUUAGACGGUAGAUUAGAUAUUUCCAACCUCCAAAAAUAUCCACCAAAUCUCACCAAGUUAACCUUGUCUUACAGCAACUUUUUUAAAGAAGAUCCCAUGACAGCUUUUCAAAAUCUUCCAAAACUAAGGAUUUUAAAUAUAUAUUUAUGUGGACACCUAGGAGAGAAACUGAAAUGUUCACCGAAAGGAUUUCCUCAACUCCAAUAUUUAUCCCUGGGUCAGUUUAACGAGGUAAAGGAGUGGACCGUGGAUCAAGGUGCAAUGCCCAAUCUCAAGGAGUUACAUAUGAAGGACUUCGCUAAAUUGGAAAUGCUUCCAGAAGGAUUAAGGUUCAUCACUGCCCUUGAAAAAUUGGAGAUCUCAUUUUCGAAAUUGGUCAAAGAAAGGGUCGUAGAAGGAGUAGGAGCGGACUGGUACAAAAUUCAACAUAUACCCUCUAUCAUAACCAAGUAUGCAUAG